AUGUUAACUACUAUAUCAUCGUAUAUAUUAUUAUUAUUAUUAUUAUUAUUAUUAUUAUUAUUAUUAUUGUUAUUAUUAUUAUUAUUAUUAUUAUUAUUAUUAUUAUUAUUAUUAUUAUUAUUAUUAUUAUUAUUAUUAUUAUUAUUAUUAUUAUUAUUAUUAUUAUUAUUAUUAUUAUUAUUAUUAUUAUUAUUAUUAUUAUUAUUAUUAUUAUUAUUAUUAUUAUUAUUAUUAUUAUUAUUAUUAUUAUUAUUAUUAUUAUUAUUAUUAUUAUUAUUAUUAUUAUUAUUAUUAUUAUUAUUAUUAUUAUUAUUAUUAUUAUUAUUAUUAUUAUUAUUAUUAUUAUUAUUAUUAUUAUUAUUAUUAUUAUUAUUAUUAUUAUUAUUAUUAUUAUUAUUAUUAUUAUUAUUAUUAUUAUUAUUAUUAUUAUUAUUAUUAUUAUUAUUAUUAUUAUUAUUAUUAUUAUUAUUAUUAUUAUUAUUAUUAUUAUUAUUAUUACACCAUUCCAGAUCGGCACAGCCGCACACGAGAUUGGUCACGCUAUAG